ACAUUCUACUAAUUUUUAAAAAUAAGUUUUAUUAUAUCUACGAUUUUUUUAGGUUAUGUUUACAUUGAGAAAUGUCAAAUAUGACAUUAUUUACAUUAUCUAGAUUUGUUUGAAAUCUUCUAAAGUAAAAAAAAAUGAUAGUCAAAUUUUUUUAUUAUUACGUAAUUAUAUUAAAUUAUUUUAAAAUUAUGCACAUAUAUUGAAUCAUUAAUAUAAAUAUAUAUAUAAUAUAUAAAUAAAUAUAUAUAUAUAAUAUAGAUUAACAAAUAAUUAAAUAAUAAUUAUGAUUGCAAAUAUUUUUUAUAAAAAAGAAAGUUAUUCGAUAUUUCUAAAAUGUGUAGAUAUGAUAUAUUAUAUAUUUAUGAAUUUUCUAUUUUGUCGCUUUGAAUAAGAUACUUUUUUGUUACUUAUUACGUCAUUAACUAGAGAAAUAGAAUCUAGACAUUUGGAUUCUGUGGUUCUUCGGCGAAAUGAUGGCAGUUGAUUUCGUAUCAAUUAGAAAGUUUUAGAAAUUAGUUUUUCUCCAGCGAGAAAUAAAAAUAUUUUAAGUGAUUGGUAACGUGAUAUGUCAGAUAAUUACAAAAUGUCUGUUGCUGAGUUCUUAAAGGGUCUGCCUUCUCAUAAUGAAAAUAACUUCGCUAACUUUCAUACAGAUAGUGGAAAUAGAACUUGUGUAAAAAAACCUUCAGUUUAUCUUCCUACAAAAGAUCAUCCUUCAGAACAAAUUAUAGUUACAGAGAAAACAACCAUACUACUAAGGUAUCUUCAUCAACACUGGGAUAAAAAUCAUGCUGAUAGAAAACGUGAUUUUUUGUCUGCUAAUGGUGAUUCUGAAGAUGAUGCUGCUACAGUUCAUAGCAAAAGGCCACGUCUUGAUUUAAACAAUACUAUAUAAACUGCAACUCAGUUAUAAUUUCAUUAUUAUUCACCUACCUACAUUUCCAUUAUUUGCUAAACUAAUUUUCAUUUUCUAUUAAACUAUGAUUCUUAAAUAUUAUAAACAUAUCUCUAUAAUUGAGAAAAAUUAUUUCAAAACGUUGCUUUUUAGAUGUUAAAUAUACACAAAUUGAAUUAAAUAUUAUGUGAAUAUUAUAAAUGUAGGAAAUAACGUUUUCAAAUAAUGUUUCUUUGGAUAUGUGAAAUCAUUGUAAUAAAAACAAGUAUUACAUUAAUUUCAUGUUCGUCGCUUUAUACUAUAUUGUAUAUUUGACAUUUGAUUCGAAAUUUGUAUUUAGCAUAAAUAAUAAUUGCUCUAUACUGCACAAUAUGUAUAGGUGAACGUGUUCAUUGUUAUUGACAGCAAAACAUGACUAAUGUAACAUAUGUGCGUUACGAUUUAAGAAAGAAUUAUUAACAUUUCAUUAAUUUAAGAUAUAAUAGAGCAUUUAUUGAAAUAAUUUUGUAAAUUUGUUUUACAAUGCACAUUUCAAAUCUGUAUUACAUAUUUAUGUAGUAAUAAGUUUAAUGUACGUCUAAUUUACAAAAAAUAUAUUCGAUAUAUUAUUCUUAAAAU